UGACGUGCCCGGGUCCCAGCUUGCGUGUGACGUCACGCUGCGUGUGGGACCUUGCAGACUCCCUCUCACUCCAGUCUUGGGAUAGAAGUCCUCAGUUAGCAAGGGACUGGGCAGCCAGCUUUCUACUUGUUUUUUUACACAUUACACACUGCUUCACCCGUCCUGUAUGGUGGAUAUCAUUUUCAACUCUUCUUUCUUGGGUGAUAUGGGGGAUCAUUCCAAAAAGAAGUCUGGAAUUGCCAUGUGUGUGGGCUGUGGAAGUCAGAUCCAUGACCAGUACAUCUUGAGGGUCUCCCCGGACUUGGAGUGGCAUGCUGCUUGCUUGAAGUGCGCGGAGUGCAGUCAGUACCUGGACGAGACGUGCACUUGCUUCGUCAGGGACGGCAAAACAUACUGCAAAAGAGAUUAUGUCAGGUUGUUCGGUAUAAAAUGCGCAAAAUGCAACGCUGGCUUCAGCAGCAGCGAUCUGGUGAUGAGAGCUCGAGACAACGUGUAUCACAUCGAAUGCUUCAGGUGUUCGGUUUGCAGCAGGCAGCUCCUGCCCGGGGACGAGUUCUCCCUGCGGGAAGAGGAACUUCUAUGCCGGGCUGAUCACUGCCUGCUCGGGGACAGAAGCUCUGCAGGAAGCCCCCUCAGCCCGGGACACAUUCACUCCAACAGAUCUCUACAUAUGGCAGCAGACCCUGUGUCAGCCCGACAGCCCUCACUCAGAUCUCACGUCCAUAAACAGACAGAGAAAACCACUCGUGUGCGGACUGUUCUCAACGAGAAGCAGCUUCACACCUUGAGAACCUGCUACAAUGCCAACCCCAGGCCCGACGCCCUGAUGAAGGAACAGCUAGUUGAAAUGACUGGCCUGAGCCCAAGGGUCAUCAGAGUCUGGUUUCAGAACAAACGCUGCAAAGACAAGAAGAGAUCCAUCUUCAUGAAGCAACUCCAGCAGCAACAGCAAAACGACAAAACUAGCCUGCAGGGACUAACAGGGACUCCGCUGGUAGCUGGCAGUCCAAUCCGACAUGACAAUGCUGUUCAAGGGAACACGGUGGAGGUCCAGACCUACCAGCCACCAUGGAAAGCCCUGAGUGAAUUUGCCUUGCAGAGCGACCUGGACCAACCUGCCUUUCAACAGCUGGUGUCUUUUUCUGAAUCCGGUUCCUUGGGUAAUUCUUCUGGCAGUGAUAUCACUUCUUUGUCCUCCCAGUUACCAGACACUCCGAACAGCAUGGUACCGAGCCCCGUGGAGACGUGAGACCGAGCGAGGAGCAACAGGUUCCGGACCCAGCAUGUUCCCACUGCCCCGCAUGAGAACAGACCAGUCUUAGCUCAUCACAACAUCAAAAAAACGUUUUUAUUUUUCAUUUGAAAACAAAGAAGAUGUGACUUGAAAGCUACCACAACAUUGAACAUUGUCCUGGAAACUUGAGACAUGGUCCUGCAUUGUUGGGAUGCCGUUGUCUGUCUAGAACUUGGUUUAAUUCCAUUGGACUCCAAGAUACAGGAAAAAACCAACUCGUCUGAAGGAUAUAUAAACCAGCCUUCCUGAAAUUGGCGGAGAGCCAGCGACUCAUCUCGACUGAAUCUUGUCAUUCGGACUAUCUUUCAUCAUGAUCGCCAUUAUGUCUUGUUGCUUCAACACGUGACACUUGGUUUUUGUUCAUCCCGUGCUCUUUUCUGACUUCAGAAACCCUUCCCCGUGUUUGUCUUAAUUCGCAUGAUUGCCGGAGAUGAUGUAAAACAGACUAUUGUUGUAAAAUAUUUUAUCUUAUGGAUGGAGGACAUAUUGUUUGAGCCUCUAACGAACAAAAGUAAGUUAUUGUUAUUUAUUGUCAAAACAGCAGUUUCGAACAACAGGGAUUGAUAUUUGAUCUUUAAUAAAACGAUGUAAAUGCUGCUUAGUGUCGGAAAACUUGAUUUCACACACACGGGGCUGCCGGCUGCUUUUGCACUGUCAAUUCUAACUGAGCACUGAAAAGCAUUGUGUUAAACUGAUCAGCAAUGGGCGAAUGGACUUGGGUUGAUUAGGAAUUCUACAACGCGCACCGUUGAAAGAUGGAAGUCAGACCCCCCAAUAGUUAAUUAAUCUGUUGACGUCCCGCCCACCUCGUUCAAUUGAGAUACAAUUUAAAAUAAUUAUAUGGAUUUCUUCCCCGUUCCAUUCUGGGGACAAAUUGAAAACGCCUUUACCG